AAGUGGUCUUCCCCAGCAGAGGGACUGCAGAGCUGUGUCCUGCCCAGUUUAAUGCACGCGAAGCGGGGAGGGGCGGCGGCGGGCAGGAUCAGGUUUCACAUCCUGAUCUUGUCUGGCUUGGGAGCGAGAGCCUCCGCUCACCCUGAGGGGCGCAGGGGAAAAAGUCCGGGUAGCGCGGCACGAGCAGAGAUAUGGAGGCGGAAAGCUCGGAUUGGGUGGAAAUUAUUGAACCCCGUUCUCGAGAGCGAAUGUAUGUCAACUUGACAACUGGGGAGUGUGGUUGGGAUCCACCACCCAACCUCAGAGUUCGUCAGUCUGAUGAGAACCAGUGGUGGGAACUCUUUGAUCAAAACAGCAAUCGUUUCUAUUAUUACAAUGCCAUCACUCAGCAGACCGUGUGGCACAGGCCACAGGGUUGUGACAUUGUGCCAUUAGCUCAGCUCCAAGCCAUGAAACGCAACUCCCAGUCUGAUUUCAGGACAUCACAGCACAGGAGCAGUACAAGUAGUGAGGGACAAAACACUCCUAUCCAGAUAACUCUUCUACAGGACAUGGAGAAGAGUAAAGACGACAACAGUCUGGAGAAGAGGCCAGAAACUGAAAGAGAUACCCUUACUGGGUGGCAGCCUUUACCAGGAACUAAAGCAGCCAUGCUGGUCAAAGUUAAUAGCCUAAGACAAGUAAAUUCUUCCUCAAGCAAUUCCUUUCAGAUGCAGAACAAUUCAGAAAUCAGCAGCCAGAAAUCUAUGCAUCCCAAAGCAGUUGUAUAUGCCCAGUCUCAGUCUAUAGUCCCAAACUCAUUAACUUCAAAAUCUACAGCUCCAGUAGAGACAAAGCGUUCAAUGAAAAUUAAAAAGACAGAGAAUGGAGGGUUUUGUCUGGUACUGACUAAUGGACAUACUCCUCAGCCUCCCUCAGGAAAUCAGUCACAAACAAGAUUGCCUGCAUCUCCCAAGUAUGCUUCUCCAGCUCCAAUCUAUGAUGAACCAUCAAUUGACUCCCCAAUUUAUGAUGAGCCUCCUAUAGAUAUGGACACUGGAAUUACAAGUAUGAAUGGGACAACUCCACAGCUGUCCCCAAGCAAUAGCUUAAAUAAGAAGUUGCAACCAAUUAAAUUAUUACAGCAUCCAAGUAUACAGCAACACCAGGCUGGAAAAAAGCAUUUGAGAAAUCCUUCUGCAACAGAAUACAGCCCUGUGGGAAAAGAAUAUAUUAAACAUAUGGUCAACAUUGACCAGUCAUCCAAAAAAACUCAUUCUACCACUGUGAUUGUUGAUGGUGUUGAUAAAUCCCAACUGGGUCAGCUUAGCUCUAGGGAGAGCUUCAAGCAGUCAUGGAGAGUCUUGGAAGCUAAUGUUCUUAAAAAUAUGGAAGCCCAUAAUAGCCGGCAGAACAGUCUUCAGGCUCAAGAAUAUCCUACUGUGAUAAGUCAGCAAGACUCUGGCUAUUCAACAGGUCCUUCUCCAAGCUUAAGAAAGAGAAAAGGAAAACGGCACACUCCAGGCCAGGGAAGACCUGGUUCUGUAGGCAGCAACAGUGAACUCACUGCUCUGAAUGACAAGCUUAUUGCAGAGAUGCGCGCAGUGGUGAAUAGAUCUGCAGCCUGCAGAGGAAGCAAAGGUAGCUUAGAUGCAGAAAUGCUGGAGAACGCUAAUAUGCCAGAGGGUAAUAAAAUUAAGUUUCAAUCAGACCAUUUUAAAAAGUGUAAUAGCAGGAACUCAAGAGAUGAUCUGAUAUCUAGUAACAGGUCAUUAUAUAGGCCAACAAUGGAUGGUAAAGGGAGUCUCUCAAAUGAUCCAGCAAUACAGCAAGAUGUGGUAAGGCAGAAGAGAACUUAUGAAAAAGUAGAUUCUUUAGAAAAGAUUGUGGCCAGCCAGAUAAACCUGUCAUCAUCAGACACAGCACAAUUAUCAACACAGUGUGGAACAAUAGGGUCUCAUUCUCAACAUGAGAAUAACGUUCAACCUUGUACCAACAUCGGAUAUCAGUUUCCCUUCCACACCAUACGAAAGCCCAUCUCCCAAAGCAGCAUGACUGACUGGGCUUCCAAAAAUCUUAAUAUGCAUACUCAAGGCAUCUUUCGUCGAAGGCUCUCCAUAGCCAACAUGCUGUCUUGGAAUGGUGGCUCCAUCAAAAAGCCAAUGCUUAUAACCAGCAACUAUACCAUCAAAAAGGAAGCCUGUGAAAUAUUUAAACUGGUACAAAUCUAUAUGGGUGACCGGCAAGCCAGAAUGGAACGGAAUAAUGUGGCUUUGAUCACCAUCACCAAAUGCUGGAGUAUUCAAGGUUUACGAGAUGAGCUAUACAUUCAACUAAUCAGACAGACAACAGAUAAUAUGUGCUACCGAAGUCUGGCAUGGGGCUGGGAACUCAUGGCAAUUAGUCUGGCCUUUUUCUCCCCAUCACCCAAGUUCCAAUCUUACCUGGAAGGUUACAUCUAUCGUCACCUCAGCCAGAUCACCGAUGAAAAUAUUAUCCAACGCAUUAAGGAACUUCUGGAUCUGAAAAACAAAAAGAACUCAAAAUCCAGGAAAAAAAGAAAACAAAGCACAGAGGAUGAAGGUCUACCAAUCAGCACCUACGCCAGGUAUUGUUACCGAAAGCUGCAAAAAGUAGCAGUCACUGGAGGCAAAAAAGGUCUCCGGAAGCCUACAGUUGAGGAGAUAAUACAUGCCAAGAAUGCUAUUGUGACACCUUCACUGUUUGGCAGCUCUCUGGAAGAAAUCAUGUCACGGCAGCAGGACAUGUAUCCAGAUAACAAGUUGCCUUGGGUACAAACACAGCUGUCUCAGCAAGUACUGCAACUAGGGGGAGAACAGACUGAGGGAAUAUUCAGAAUUCCUGGUGACAUUGAUGAAGUCAAUGCUCUAAAACUACAGGUGGAUCAGUGGAAGAUUCCUAAUAACCUUAGUGAUCCCAAUAUUCCAGCUUCUUUGCUAAAGCUGUGGUACCGGGAGCUGGAAGAGCCUGUCAUCCCACAACAAUUCUACAAGGAGUGUGUCAGCAACUAUGAGAAUCCUGAUGCUGCAGUGGCUGUAGUUGAACUCCUGCCAGAGCUCAAUAGAUUGGUCUUAUGUUACCUCAUCCACUUCUUACAGAUUUUUGCCCAGCCAACCAAUGUAGGCAAAACCAAGAUGGAUGUAAACAACUUGGCCAUGGUGAUGGCUCCAAACUGUCUGCGAUGCCAGUCUGAUGACCCCAGAAUCAUCUUUGAAAAUACCCGCAAAGAGAUGUCUUUCCUGCGCAUGCUAAUUGUGCACUUGGACACCAGUUUUAUCAAAGGAGUGGUGUGAAGGAUUGGUUUCAGGCAAAGCAGUGCAAAAAGAGCAAAUAGUUCUUGCCAGUAUUUCCUUUUUUGAGCCUCACAUCGUUUUCUUUACUGUUUCCACGAUCCUACAGUGCUUUCUGGUGCUUAACAUUGUGUUUAUUCAUGCUAAUAGCAAGGUUGAUGAAUCUUUAAUAGCCCCAUAAUGAUUCAAGUCAGUGACCAUACUAGAAAGAGUUUUGAGGCACCAGAGAGCAAAAUCUUAGACCAUGCUCUGGGGCAUUCCUAAGACUUGCAGUAGUUGUUUCCAGCAGCUCUGUAUGUACAAAGCCCAAACGUUAUACUGCUUUGCACUUCACUGAGGAAUCCAUUGCACAUUAAAAGUGGAAUUGUCUAUUGAGAACAAACUUUGCAGAUACUGGGAUUUGCUUCGAUAACUUGAAGAUUCAGUACUUCACUAGUCAUGCCUCACUCCAAGUAAGAUGGUUAUUUCAGGCUGCUAAAGUACACAUUCUGCCUUGUUCUGCCAUUCAGAUCGCUACUGCUUUCUUCUCCAACAGCUUCUCCUGUAUGUUUUCUGCCUUUAAAGGACAAUUAUGUUACCAAAGAGAAGUUUUGCAGCACUAGAUAAGUGAUAGCUUGUGACACAGGAUGAGUCUUAACUGUGCCUGAGGGUACUUUACUACUCACGUUCCAAGCAUCAACAUUGUCCAAAAAUGAAAACUAUCUUGACUGAAAUUUUGGUAGAGAGCAAAGCAGCAGAGAAGUGAAACUAUAUCUUUCCCUUGUUUUGCUGUACAGUAAUUUGGGAAGAAGCUGUUUAAACCUUAAGCCACUUUUAGCUUACAUUUGUUCCUUUAUUGUUUGGGUUAAGUGAUUGAAAUUCAAGAGAUCCUUGAAUUUCUUUGAAUUCAAGUUAAGUCACUGCAAUGUAAAUAACUUGUGGUUGGAAUUUCUCCAGAAUAGAGAUUUAUCCUAUAGGAUAAAUUGCAGUGAUUAUGGCCUCUUCCUCCUUGCUUCAGCAUAGACUAAAAUCAGGUACUGAGUUGCUAUAAAGCUUUAUAGAGCAAACAUGAAUAAUUACUCAAAAGCUCCUGCCAAUGUCAAGAUUUUGUGUUCUGUUUCCCAUUCAGCCUAUUCUAAGCAGACAACUAGAAAUACCAAUUAUCUUUUUAAAUGUUGGAUUAAAGGAGGCUGCAAGGUGGAGAGAUUUGAGUUAAUAGAAACUGCAGGAUUGGAGAAAAUUAACCAUUCUUCUCUUCACCACUUUCCAAAUAAUCCUCAGUGUGCUGCUAGAUGGAGUGGGGUGGGGCGGAGUGGGGGGGCAAAUUAUACCUGUCUUGUUUUCUCCCUGACCAGCUCCAAUUUCAGAAAUAUAAUUUGAGACUGCAGUGCAUAGAGGAAAAUACAUGUUUCCUAAUUCUAUAGUCAAAAUCCAAUCUGUACUACUUCCCCCUGCUGCUUUUUAAAUAAAAAAAUAUUGAGAGCUCCAAAUAGGAAUUUCUCACAUCAUGCAUCAUAGCUGUUCAAUGGUAUAAUGGUGUCUUACUCUGGAUUUCAUUCUAUUCUUGCCUAAAAGUCUCAGCCUUCCUCAGAAAGACUGCUAUUCUCUUUGUUCUUUCAGUUCCUAGAACACAGGCUGAAUAGGAGGAGGACUGGUGCUUUAGUUGUGCUUCUUUCUUUUGUUCUUAUACUGCAAACACGUCCCUGAAACCAAAGCCUUCUGUGUUUCUUUUUCUAUGUCAUUUUGGAAGUGGGUGUAAUUCUUUCAUCAAGCUUUUAGACUGAAUAACAGGCUUGAAUUUCUUGGAAAGAACUGGGAAUGGUCAAGGAAAUAAUGUUAUGGAAAAACAAAAUCAACUUUCUUCAUUCUUACACAGUUGGUGCUAAUCGCUCUUCCUGUGCCAGUAAGAAUGGGAUUUGUCCUAGACAUAUUAGUAUUUCCAAGUCAGUGGUUAGUAUGAUCUAACUGGGUAAGGAAAUACAUAUUUUCCUUCUAUGCCAGACAUUGUGACAUUUGUUAGAAGGCGCUCACACCUUAUUAAUGGAAUUAACAUUUACUACUGUUUCCCUAUUUGGGUCAGUUCUGCUGUAAAAUUAGAUCUUUUAAGAUGAUCUAUCUAUCUAUCAAGUGAUACCGUUGUAUCUGUCCAUAACUGAUACUUUGAGCCUAAGCUCAGCCCAGAAUUCAGGCAUUGAUUAUAUGUUUUUUUCUCUUACUGAAAGUUGCAUUUGAUGUAGUCGAUUAGCCUGAGAUUUCUGAGGAGCUAGGUGCUGUUCAAAUAGCUUCCUCUGCCAGAAUUUGGCCAGUAGUCUUGAUAAAAUCUGAAAUGGGAUCUUAUUCUUUAUUCCAGAUAAUAAGGAUUAAAAACCUGUUAACAUGUAUUUGGAGAAAGCCCCAUUAAACUCGGUGGGACUGGCUUCUGAGUAAACAUCCAUGUGAUAAAAUAUUUGGUUGUAUCUAGCAUAAUGCUUCUACCACUGUGCACUACUGACAGAUCAAAUUUAGAAUUACUCUUGCAGCCCUUGGGUGUCCUCCAGAUCUGUUCUAUAGAAUAAGGAGAGGAAUGGAAACUAUUGUUUUUUGAGAAGAAAUUCAUUCACACGUAACAGAUGUAGUCCAUAUUUUUUUAUAUUUCUCAGACUUGCCAAAACAAGAGUAUCUUGAGCCUAUUUCUAUGACUGUGUGAGAGAUUCUGGAUUUCCUUAGAUUGGUUCUGUUUGUGGUUAACUGUCUGUUUCCUAUAAUGUAUCUUUGUACAAUGGGAAAUGUUAAGCAAUAUGCAAGGUGUCAUAUACCUACCCUACUUUUUAGAAUUUUGUAUUUAUUAAUUUGUUUUUAAGAUGUUCUCUGGUGCAUACAUUUCCCAGGUUUAAACACUGUUGACAACUAAAAGAUGAUGGGUCAUUAUUAAAAUCCUCCUCUCCCUAGCACAUCAUUAUAACCCAAUCAUAAACUGACUGUUCUAUAAUAAUGCUUCCCCCCCCGCCUUUCUGGGCUGUAAAAUAGGCUAAAAUUACACUGGAUUUUUCCCAACAUAGUUGUAAAUGUGAAUCUGCAAAACAUACUGUCUGUUGUUGUUAAAGAAUAAACAUCUGGGUUAAUA